AUGUUGCCGUUACCGCAUAAAGAACGGUGGAGUAGGAAGACAGCCACUGCGGAGAGACAUUUGGCGGAGAGUAUUACAAACGAACAAGGUGUAGAUUGCGAAGCUGGUGGGGAUAGUGAUGCCGAAGAUGAAAUAAUAUCUUCACGUAACAGGACAUCGAGGAGCAGCAGAAGUAAUGAAUUUCUCGAAAGCGAUUUUGAUUCCGAUGAUUCUGCUCUAGAUAAAGAUUACACCCCAAGCAAUGAUUUUUCUGGAAAAUGUAGCAACUGA